AUGAUUUUUGCCAGACUGGCGACAGUGGUGGGAGCGGUGGCUGGUGUAGCGACUGUAGUGGCGCAAAGCGCGUUUGUCAAUCAGACGACGUGUAAUGGGAAACAGUAUACUUAUCAGGAACUGGUUGAUUAUGGCGCCAUUUCUGGGGAUGCGAGUGAUGAGUUUGGGGAUACGAUUGGUGGGAUUGGGUCUUCGCUUGCCAUUGAUCGAUCGAUCCCAGUGGUUCUUUGGGCACUGCCGGAUCGAGGCUGGAACAUGGAAGGGACGUUGAACUUCCAGCCAAGAAUCUACAAGCUCGAUAUCCUCUUCACUCCAGAACCGAGUGCCACAGUCGCUAAUCAGUCUGGAAACAACCUUUUCUUCACUUACAAAGAGACUGUCCGCUUCUUUGGUCUUGAUGGAACACCUUGUACCGGUUUGGGCGCGGAUCCAAUGGGUCAUCUCAGCUUCGCUAGUUUCCCAGACCUAUCUGUAGCAACUUACACUGGAGAUAGCUUUGGCAACGUAGGUCCUGGAGGCCGCAGGGUUCCUGUUGAUGCUAAAGGAUUGGCCCUCAAUCCUGAUGGUUCUUUCUGGGUAAGCGAUGAGCAUGGCCCGUUCAGUGCUGCCGGCUUACUGAUUGCAGCGAUUCGACCUGUUGAUGCCAUGAUUCCUAUGCGCAAUGGAACGGAGUCUUUCUCUGCCGAUUCUCCCCCUUUCUACGAUAAUAAGGGUGCCGGCGAUGAUGUAUUUCCAGCGAAUAACCCCACCGGACGUGACAACAACCAUGGCUUUGAGGGCUUGACAGUCACCGGAGGUGGCAACGCCCUGUAUGUUCUCAUGCAAGCCGCACUCAACCAAGAAGGGGGCACCAACAAGCAGACUGAGUGGCAGACCCGUCUCGUCGAGUACGAUAUCACCGUCCCAAGCGCACCCCAGUAUGCGAGAGAAUUUGUCGUGCCUCUCCCUCUGUACAACGAUCCUACAGCGAAGGCAUCCAAGAAUCCCAAAGUAGCAGCGCAGCCGGAGAUAUUCCAUAUCCAAGAUGGCCAGUUCUUCGUUCUGGCCAGAGACUCUGGUGCUGGACACGGCCAGUCAUCUCCGCUCUCAGUGUACCGCCACAUUGAUGUCUUCGAUAUUGCUUCUGCAACUGACAUCAAGGGAUCUGUUUGA